AUGGCUGUCAUCGGCGAACGCCUGAAUGCAGCAACGUCCGGCACCGGCAGCGCCACGGACAGCUCGGCAUUUCCGAGAACGGCCGUUGGCUGUGCGAGGACCUCCACCCCACGGCUCUCGCGAGGCUUUCGCCGCACGGCCUCUCGGGACUUCAGCCCUCAGCGCCAGGACACAGGAGUGGCACCUGCAGCUCACAACCCCACUAUGCUGCAUUGCCCGGCAGAGCCCGAGGCCCAGAAAUCAAGCCACGACCCACGCCCAGGGCGGGUGGGAAGGCGGCGUCGCCGGCCGCGGUACCGGAACCUGGGCGGGCAGCGGCGCCGAGCUCCCCGGCCGCGCAAGACUCGAGCGUGCCCGCGCAGGAAGGCGCGCCCCCGUCGGAAGGCGCCUUGUUGCGACACCCGGGGGCAGGCGGCGCCGGAGACAGUCGGAUUCCCUGAAUGGAAGGACCCGUGCGCAGCCCGCGAUGACUGGCGCUGUGCGCGCUCCAUGCACGAGUUCUCAGCCAAGGACAUCGAUGGGCACAUGGUUUCCCUGGACAAGUACCGGGGUUUCGUGUGCAUCGUCACCAACGUAGCCUCGCAAUGAGGCAAAACCGAUGUAAACUAUACUCAGCUUGUCGACCUGCACGCCCGAUAUGCUGAGUGCGGUUUACGGAUCCUGGCCUUCCCCUGCAACCAGUUCGGGAAGCAGGAGCCAGGGAGUAACGCCGAGAUCAAAGACUUCGCCGCCGGCUACAAUGUCAAGUUCGAUAUGUACAGCAAGAUCUGCGUGAACGGGGAUGACGCACACCCACUGUGGAAGUGGAUGAAGAUCCAGCCCAAGGGGAAGGGCAUGCUGGGAAAUGCCAUCAAGUGGAACUUCACCAAGUUCCUCAUUGACAAGAACGGCUGCGUGGUGAAGCGGUACGGCCCCAUGGAGGAGCCCCUGGUAAUAGAGAAGGACCUGCCCUGCUAUUUCUAGUUCCACAAGCGUGUGCCCCCUGCCCGAGCUUCCCGUCUGUGGCCCCCUCUCCCCCUGGAACCUUCCACCCGGCACCAUGACAGUCUGU